AUGACGCUGCUGAAACGCCCAGAAGAGGAGCCCGGGCCUACCGCUGUGCGACCUCUUCUCCACCCGGGCGGCACCACAUCCUGUCCAGAGCCACCUUCAUUGGUCUGCAACAGGUCCUAUCAGGCUGAGCAGGAAGGACCCCCCAGCUCCCGCCGCAGUACAGCACGGAAUAAAAACCCCAAGGGCUCUCCACUUGAGGACACGGCGGACCGGCUGUGGCCACCACCGGCGCCCCGCCCCACGAACCCCAAGGUCAGCAGCGCCGGGUCCCACCCGGGGUGGGCGCCGGGCCCGCGGAGACGCCCCCCAAGCCCGCGACUCGGCACGCCCCUCCCUCCCCCACUGCGCCCCCCCACCCAGCAUCUGCGCGGUGACCCCCGGACGCUGGCCCCCCAGCACCCUAAGUCCCGGCCGAACAGACCUGGCCCUCUGCCCCCCCCAAGCCAGCUGCGGACGGACCCCCCAAACCUAGCGGCCGGUGGGCGGGACUGGGUGGGGGGACUAGGGCCGCUCGGUGCCCACAGCGAGCACGGGGACCGGGGAGCCACGCACCCCUUGUCCAGAAAGUCCUCAGUCCCCGAGACGGCUCUCGAGGAGGCGCACCCGGGUCCACCGGCACCCCCGCCCCACCCCCGCCCCACCCCCGCCUGGCCUACCUGCCCGCGGGCAGCGCGCUCUGCUCCUCUCCAGAUGGGACCACCGCCAGGAGCAGGGCCUGAGGCAGGAGAGCCGCGACCUUUAGGUGACCCGCACCCCAGGCUGUUCGGUGGGAGCUGGCCCAGGUCCCGGCAUCCGGGGCGUCAGGGCGCUGGGCCGCAGCCCCACCGCCUCCCCGUGGGACCAGGCCCUCCGCACCUGCCCCGGCUUCUAGCCCCGCCCGAAACCCACCCUCGGGCCCCAGAAUCUAACCCUGAGAUUCACCUGCGGCCGCAGGAAAACAGGUACCAAUCCUCCCGGGCCGCUGCUGACGCCUCACCUCCAAGAACAGAGUCCCUGGAAGAGGCAUCAGCAUCCUUCCAAUCCCAAGUGACUGAUGAAAGCAGUAUCUUAAAGCAUCUCAGGAGAACGUGGGACAAGGUCAGAAACCUGCGCGGCUUGAGCGAAAACCCUUGCUUUAGACCUCAGCGAAGUCGAGAGCUGCUUGCCUAG